AUGAAAAUGAGCGAAGCGAAAAAGAAAGCUUCUGCGGAGCUGGCCGCGAAAAACCUCGCUCAGCUUCAAAAAAUCGACAUAGCCGCCAGCAAGAUUCUUGAUAAGGUAUCGGAAAUUUCAAUGUUAUCAGUGACUGAUUGACACUUUCAGAUGCCAUUUACCACGAUAUACACCAUUGAUCCGGCUACGAAAACCUGGAACAACAAGCAAAUUGAGGGUACACUUUUUAUCUAUCAAAGAGCCGAUCGCCCAUACUUCAGGUUAGUUUCCUAAUGAACGAUUUAUUUUAACUUUUUUAACUUUUCAUUUCCAGUUUUCUCAUUGCUAAUCGCUCCGAUCCGUCUGAUUUCAUCGAGCCAUUGACCAUGAACCACGUUCUCGAAGAAAAUGGGAACUUCAUACUGUUCAACAGACCCGAAGUUGCUAUCCGUGCACUGUGGUUCCAUCACAUGGAAGACAAGACGCGUGCGUUUAAUCUGCUCAAAAAGCUUGUUGACAAGCUGAAGUCGAGCACGACAGAGCAGGCCAGAGCCGCUGCCGCCGCUGCUGCUAAGGCUUCCGCCCCCGUGGCAGCUUCCGCACCCGCUGUUCCAGCUACUAACGCUGCACCAUCUACUAGUUCGAAAAAACUCGAUCUGCUGCAAAUGAUAAAAGUGGCACAGCAGUCUUCCACUCCUGCCCAAGGCUCUUCUGCUGCACCAAUCUCCGCUCAGUUGCCGCCGUUCCUCUCCAAUUUGAUCGCACCCGCCACGGAGAAACCGUCUGACCAGGGAGAUCCUCCUGUUAACACUAUGCCAGUGCUUCUCCAGAAGCUAAUGGUUCAAGAACAAUCUCGUUCGUUGCUCAAAGAGCCAGGAACAGCCAUGUCCGCUGACGAACUAGAGAAGGAUCUCCUUAAGACUGCAAAGCCACGCCUUCUUCAGGACAUUGCCAACUCUCCAUCGGCCAUUUCACUUGCUGCUAUUUCGACAAAAUCGGUUCAUGGGUCGGAAGGAGAUGGCGAAGCUGAUGUAGCCGAUGGAGAAGUUCUAGACCCACUCGAGGCGUCAUUUGUCGUUGGGUCUGGAGCCACGACGCCAGUCCUCAACAAACAGCAGGUCAGAUUUGUUCACUUUUCCUUUGAACAACGUUUUUUUUUCAGUUCAUCUCUGCGAUUUCUCAUCUGAUGCAAACCGACGAUGAAUUUGUCUCCCAAAUCCACCAGGCUUACGUCGACGCUCUCAAUCGUCGCCUCAAUAUUUAA